AUGGCCCAGUCCCCUCCUCUGCACAGCCUCCUGGGCCAAGACCACUGGACCUUCCCCCAGGGUUGGGGCUGGGCCGGCCACCCGGACUCCACGUCCCCUGCCUCCUCCUCCUCGGACUCGUCGGGCUCAUGCCCCUGCGACGGCGCCCGCGGCCCCUCGCAGCCCGCGCCCCAGGCCCGCAGCGCCCGCACCGCGGAGGCCGCCGCGACGGCGCCCGGACGGGCGCGCAGCGGCCCCGGCUCCGGGCAGCGGCAGAGCGCCAGCGAGCGCGAGAAGCUGCGCAUGCGCACGCUCGCCCGCGCCCUGCACGAGCUGCGCCGCUUUCUGCCGCCGUCCGUGGCGCCCGCCGGCCAAAGCCUCACCAAGAUCGAGACGCUGCGCCUGGCCAUCCGCUACAUCGGCCACCUGUCGGCGGUGCUGGGCCUCAGCGAGGAGAGCCUGCAGCGCCGGCGCCGGAGGCGCGGCGACGCUGCGGCGCCUCGGGGCUGCCCGCUCUGCCCCGACGGCGGCCCCGCGCAGGCGCAGACGCCGCUGAGCUCAGCCGCCAGCCCCUCGGCGUCCUGGGCGUCCCCGCCGGCCUGUCCCGAAGCACUAGCGGCCCCCGAGCGCCUGGGGAGCAGGGUACCCGACAUGGGUCCCUGGGUUACAUCCCCUUACCACCCUGGGACGCAGUCGCCCCCGCAGCUGUCCCAAGGGAGAGCCCUCGACGCGGCCCUUUGGACACCGCCCCAGGCCUCUUCAGGAACGCAGACGUCCCCAGAGCCCAGGAACCAGGCUGCACCCUGGACGCCGCCCCCCGCGGCCCCUGAGCUGGCUGUAAUAUACCAGGGUCUUUCUGUGACUCCAGAGUCCUGUCUGUUGCCAAGAACCCCACCCCUCCUGUCCCGCCCCGCGUGCCAGAGACUCCAGCCUCAGCCCCAGUGGGCUUGCUGGAGCCCCGGCGUAGAGAUGCCCCCCGGCUCAGAAGCCCAAGGACCAGGCCCUGCCUUCCGGUUUGGUGAUGAAAGCCCUUCCCAGAGCUCAGGCGUACAGCUCAGUGACUGCCCUGAACUUUGGCAAGAAGAUUUGGAGGGGGCGCACCUGGGCGUCUUCUACUGACGGCCUGGCCUGUCCCCUUGUCGGCCAGGAGUCAGGCCACCGGUGUGGGGUGCCCUCCCCAUGUGCUACCUUUGUGGUCUUCAAGGUGUUUUGGUUUGGUUUUGGGUUUUUUAAUUUUUUAUUUUUUUAAGCCAAGGAUCUCUCUUCCAAGUGAUGGCUUUCAUGGAAGCAGUGUUUGAAACAGGUCGUGGGUGGCCUCCCUGGCUGGACUCAGGGCUGGGAUCGGGCUCUCCACUCCUAGACAACCCCCCCCCCCCAGAAUGCCCAGUGCUCUGCAGAGCACCCCCUGAGCUGGAGGGAGGUGGUGGCUGCUUGAGCACAGACUCAGCCGGGCUGGGGCUGGUGGAGGGGUAGAAACUUGUACGCUUAGAUUUUGUACUUCUUAAAAAAACAACAAAAA